AUGCUCAACAACAACAAUCACCACAACACCACUGACUUGCUUCAUCACGCCAGCUUGGAAGCUAGCCACGACAGAUCGCCAGAGGGCAGCCAGAGCCAGAGAAGCGCAUCUGGUGGAGAAAAUCUCCCGUCCUUCCUCCUUCCUUUUCUCUUUCCCGCAAGCGAACGGCUGGCCGCCGAUCGUGGCACAAUCGAGCCAAUGGGCGCCGCUGGACGCAAUGUCAUCGAGCCUCUCAGCGUGCGCUGGAAGCUGGGGUACGUACUGCCCACCCAUCACAAUGUGCACAUCGGGCCCCAAACGGGCGAGGCACACGAGACAAUAGAGUUUGGCCUCCUCCUCCAGCAUCCAAAGGGCGGUCGCUUGGUCUAG